UAAUGAUCUGCUGAAGCUUCCUCUUUUCAAUGGUAUUUUUAGAAAGUGAAAGAAAUGCAGAACACAGAGGAACAUUAAACCACAGUGUUUGCAGUUUUAUGGUGGUUUACUGAUAGUAAGGUCAUCAUUCUCUCGCAGGAGGCAUAGAAAUGUUCCUGGAAACAGCAGGCAACGUGUGUUUGGUCAUCCUACUGUCAUUGGCAGAUGCCCAGAGUCAGAAUGGAUGGAUUGUGCAGUACCCCUUACAGUCGAUAUGUAUUAUGACUGGGAAUUCAGUGGACAUACCCUGCUGGUACCAAAAUCCUAGCAAACAGAAAGUAUAUAGAACAUUCUGGUACAGGUAUAAGGAUUGGAUGCCUGGAGAUAAAGACCCUAAGGACCUUGCGUAUGACCCAGAGUAUCGCGAUCGAGUGGAGUACCUUGGAGAUAAAAAUCACAGCUGUGCAUUCAGAAUCAAACAGUUGAAACGAGAGGAUUCAGAUGAAUAUCGAUUUAGGUUUAUUACAUAUUGGGAUGAGAGAUAUACUGUCGCUCCUGGAGUCACACUGUCUGUUACAGAUACACAGGUGGCUGCAAAACAGGAGCUGGAAUUUGCUUUGGCGCUGACCUGCAAUACCGACUGUCCACAUGGAAAUGUAAUGUAUACCUGGUUUAAAAAUGGACACCAGCUACAGGGAGAAUAUUUGGAUAAUAUAUACAUCCACAUCCAAAACAAAGAAGAUACGAAGAAAUACUCCUGUGCUUUUCAAGACAGAAAAGGGUCCAGUUUACAAGAAAGUAUCUACGUUAUCUAUACAAUGAUUGUCAAUCCCCUUGGUGAAAUAGUGGAAGGCAAUUCAGUGAUUCUGAUCUGCAGAAGCAAUGCCACGGCAUCAGAAAACAAUUACAAAUGGUAUAAAAAGAAUGGGAUUCACGCACAUGAGACGAAGUCAUCAAAGACGUUGAUCAUCAAAGACAUCAAACCUGAGCACAGUGGGCACUACUUCUGCGGAAUAUGGUCUAUAACUUCUACAGAGGUGUACAUAAAUGUUCAGUAUGCCCCAAAAAGCAUUUCAGUGAUAGCGUUUCCCUCUGUGGACUUGAAGGAACGUGAUUCAGUGACUAUGACCUGUGGUGCUAAAGCCAACCCAGAAGUUAAGAGAUACACCUGGUUUAAGAAGAAUGGAGAGGAAAUCAUAGAGCUUGGUUCAGGGAAUAAUUACACCAUCACUAACAUCACCUCUAAGGACAGUGGACCGUACUAUUGUUCAGGACAAAAUAGACAUGGGACUAUUAACUCUAAAUUCUUAUCUGUGAAUGUACAGUAUGCCCCAAAAAACAUUUCAGUGAUAGCGUUUCCCUCUGUGAACUUGAAGGAACGUGAUUCAGUAACUCUGACCUGUGGUGCUAAAGCCAACCCAGAAGUUGAGAGAUACACCUGGUUUAAGAAGAAUGGAGAGAAAAUCAUAGAGCUUGGUACAGGGAAUAAUUACACCAUCACUAACAUCACCUCUAAGGACAGUGGACCGUACUAUUGUUCAGGAGAAAAUAGACAUGGGACUAUUAACUCUACCUACUUAUCUGUGAAUGUACAGUAUGCUCCCAGAGAGUUCUCAGUGUCAGUGAGUCCCUCUGGUGGAAUAAUGAUGGGUGAUUCAGUGACUCUGACCUGCAGCGGCGAUGCAAACCCACCAGCUAAGAGCUACCAAUGGUUUAAGGAUGAAAUCUUAAUCUCACCAGGAGUAUCAGGGCAGAAUUACACAAUAAAUAAUAUCAAAUUUGAACACAAUGGACGCUAUAAGUGCAAUGCAACGAAUGACAUUGGAUCUCAUUUCUCACCUGCUGUGUUUAUCUUUGUAGAAAGAGAAACAGCAGCUAUCAUUGGGACGACGGUUGGAAUUGCAGCUGUUGUGGUUCUUGUGGUUGUGAUGACACUAGUGUGGAAGAUAAGCAAACAUUCACAAUGUAAAAAAGAUACAAUAGGAGAAAUGCAGCGCAAGGACACUGCAAAUCCGGUGUAUGCCAAUAUCUCAGAAAUGGCUCCCAACGUCAUUGAAAUACAGGAAGAAGCACUGUACUCCACUGUUCAGCAUGACAAGUCCAGAGACAGGGAACAGGUUCAGUACAUGAGUAUUUCUGAGCCUUGUGAUCCCAAUGUAGACGAAGUUCAGUAUUCCACUAUUCAGUUCCCCCUCUCCAGUGUUACAUCCGGGACACCAGUUCAAAUGCUUACAGAUGCUUCUGCCAUCUACAGCACAGUUUCCAAACCUUGAGAUCUUUAUUUAACUUCAGCCCUUUUGUGGUAGAUCAAGCUUCCCCCUCAGCCUCCUCCUACUUCUCAAAGACAUAUUCUCAUCCACAUCCCAGCGAAUGUCCUCCCUUGCAAUGCAGUGUGGGAAAUACCUCCUUGAACGUCGAAUCCACCCCUCUGCAGGACUCCGCUGUGAUGUCAUCACAUGCUGCAUCCAUGGCAGCAAGCAGGGUCAUCUGUGUCUGCGUAUCUGUAAGGAAUGGAGAAUAGGGUGGGAGGAAGUCCACUAGCAUUCUGUCAUGUGCCGCAAACCACUGUCUGAUCCCAUCUGCAUGGUGAAAACGUACAUGAUCCCAAACAACAUAUUUAUGGAGGCCAUUUCUAAGCAGACCCAUUUCUCAGAGAUGAUAUCCCUGUAUAGCGUGUUUAAAAAUGUCAACAGAUGUUGGGUGUUGUAUGGACUAACAAGCGGAAUAUGGGUGAGGACUCCAUUGUCAGAGAAGGCUGCUGAGAUGGAUGUUUCCCCCUCGCCUUGUGUAAAUGAACAUACGUUUUCUCUUCUACAGCUGAAGCAAAUGUUUAGGGUCUUUAUACUGUACCUGUACUAUAUGGGACUACACAAAGUACUGCUUACUGUACAUUACAGUAUGCACAAAAUGCUUUACCUGCAUACUCACAAUGGAGCUCCUUUCAAACUGUAAAGCUGCUUCAUUCGCAUCUAAUGUCUCUUCAGCACCCUGUCAAUUGUUGAGAUGCUCACAGAAUUGUUGGUGUUAAAGACAUUGACAGACUUUCUUUGCAUCUCCCGCAGUUUGAUAGCAUUAUUUGCUAUCACCAUGGUGCAAAUGGCUUCCUCCCGUUCAGGGGCCCAUUUCCACUGCUGUGAGGUAGUGUUGCUGUCCUAGGUGAUACGGUACAAUAGAGUAAAAUUACAGGACUGUAAAACAAGAUUCACUAAAGCUAUAUUUGCAUAUCAUAUUUACAGCACUGUGAUGUAAACAUGGUACAAUUCCUAACUACUGUAAUACAUGACAGUACAGUACAGCAGUGGUCCCCAACCGUUUUGUCACCACGGACCGGUUUUAUUCCUUUAACAUUUCCGCAGACCGGGUUUGGAGCGGGAGCGGAGACGUGCAACCAUAAACACUGAGAUAAAAAAAUGAGGGCCGCAAUAUUUAACUAAUCACCAUGUGUGUUGACUUAUCGCCCCCUAUGAGCCACAGAUGGAAGUGUUACCCAAAUAAAACAGUCUCUGUUAACCGUUCGCCGCGGCCCGCUACAAAAUGCUAAACGGCCCGGUACCGAUCCGCGACCCGGUGGUUGGGGACCCCUGCAGUACAGCAUCAGCUAGAUGAGUAAAUGUAAAUUCAAGCAACAUUCCUAGCUAUACUGUACUUUGCUUUACUAGUAUACAAAUUAUACACUAUAGCAGUAGUGUAUAUACAGUGAACAUUACCUCAUUGGAUUACACACACGUGUGCUCCCAAUGAAAUGUCUGUAUUAUUGAGGACACUGUCGUCCUCCCAACAUAUUUGGCCGCACUCUGUGACCAGCCUCAGUCAUUGUAAGACCAUGAUUGAUGACAUGGUCUGCAACUGUAGCCCUUAAUUCAUCAGGAACAGGUCCCCUGAUCAUUCUCCGCAUCCUUAAAACUGUAAAUGAGCUGUAGAUGUCCAUGAUUUACUUUGUUUCUCGAGUUUUGCCUGCUGCCACUCAUAUUACUGUUCAAGGAAUUGCCCUUGGUCUGAAUGGAAAAUAUUUUUUAGCAGAAAUUGUGUCUGUAGAAAUCACUGAUAGCUGUUCUGUUUAGAUAUAAUUUGUGUGAUAUGUAAUAUGACUGUUGUCCCACUGUAGUAAUAUGCAAAUAGAAAGUUAGCAAAUGCAUUGUAAAAUAAUUUAAAACUGAUGUAAGGCACAUAAAACCAGUAAUGAUUGUCACGCUAGAUAUGAAAUGGUCUUGCUUGAUAGAACUCUGAUUAAAAUGAAUACUGCUCCAAAAAUAUCUUGUUAAAAAUCUU